UUGAAUCAAUGGCGACUUUGUUGUGCUCAUUGGCCCCACUUGGUCUUGUGCCGUGCAAAUGACAUAUGUCAUUUUUUGACAUGUAGUUUGUUGAUUACUAGACACGUUUGUGCGUAAACUGACGGAGACCAUCACCAUAGAGGUUGUUUCUUUCUGCGAUCUGAAGGAAGAAGUUUUGGUUUGCAAAAUGUCAGCUAUGUUAACCGCUGACUGGUUUCCUCUGGGACGAGAUGUGUACUUUCGCAAAUUUGAGUUGUAUCCUAUAUCCUUCCAACACGAAGUUUCUUCAAAUAAUUUAUUAGUGGCAGCUCCUUACGGAGGUUCCAUUGCUGUGACGAGAAAUCCCAAGAAGCUCAUCAAGAUCCAAGGAGCUAGCAAACCUUUGAUAUUUCUCUACUCAUCCUCAGGAAAGCCAAUAGCUAAACUGCAAUGGAGUAGCGGACAAUUGAUAUCAUUUGGCUGGUCUCAGCAAGAAGAAUUGUUGUGCGUGCAAGAUGACGGUAUGGUUCUGAUGUACGAUAUGUUUGGAACUUAUCAGCAUACCUUUAGCAUGGGAAAUGCAGCAAAGGAUGCUAAAGUUAUUGAUGCAAAAGUUUUCACAACAUCAAGCAGCACUGGUAUAGCUGUUUUGACAUCUGCCAAUCGUAUAUUUUUGGUAAACAACGUGUCCGAGCCCAAAGUUCGGCCAAUUACCGAUAUGCCAAAAUAUGGCGGUCCGAUCGAUUGCUGGUGCAUGGUGCAUUGCGAGAGAGAGACACAAGUAAUUUUGUCAAACAAGGAAGGAAUAUUUGUAAUUCAUCAAUCUUAUCAACACACGCAUCCUUUUAGUCACCUCUUCAAUAAUAAAAUCAACAGUGUGUUGGCAAUAGCCGUGUCUAGCAACAAUCGACACAUCGCGCUUUACGCCGAUACCGGAUACUUGUAUAUUGGCUCGAUAGACUUCAGAGACAAAUAUUGCGAGUGCCACACAAAUAUGAAGGAACCAUUAGCUGAUAUUGCUUGGUGUGGUACGGAAGCUGUGGUGUGCAGCUGGAGCAGCACGAUAAUGGUGGUGGGAUGCGCUGCCGAAACUAUAGUGUACACCUACGACGGUCCGGUUCACCUGGUCACGGAAAUCGACGGAGUGCGCGUGUUGUCGAGCUCGUCUCACGAGAUGAUUCAAAAAGUCCCGAACGUCGUGCAGAGAAUAUUUCGAAUCAAUUCAACGGAUCCGGCCUCGUAUCUUCUGGAAGCCUCCAAGCAGUUCCAAAAGAAGAGCCAUAAAGCCGACAGUUACAUAGACUUGGUCAAGGACAAACUCGACUCGGCAAUAAAAGCGUGUAUCGACGGAGCGAGUCAUGAAUUCGAAUUUGAGACGCAAAAGAUUCUGAUGAGAGCCGCCAAGUUUGGAAAGGGAUUCAGCAAAACGAUAGACUCGGAAUAUUACGUUCAAAUGUGCAGGACUCUGCGAGUUCUGAACGCAGUCAGACAUCCUCUCGUAGGCAUUCCAUUAACUUAUACACAAUUUAAUGUUCUCACGACUCAAGUGCUGCUGGACAGACUGGUAGCGCGGAGACACUAUUACUUGAGCAUACAAAUAGCGCGUCACUUGCAGUUGUCCGAGAUCGACGGGGAAAGUAGGAUAUUGGCGCACUGGGCUUGCUACAAGGUAAAACAAACCCAAUUAGAUAAGGAACAAAUAGCAGAAGAGAUAGCGGACAAGUUGGGAUACGCUCCGGGUGUUUCCUACAGUGAAAUCGCCAAAAAAGCAGCUGACUGCGGACGAAAACAACUGGCCAUCAAGUUAAUCGACUACGAGCCACGCGCUCAUCAACAAGUACCCCUGCUUCUGGCGCUCGGCGAGGAACGAGCCGCUCUGUACAAGGCCGUGGAAAGCGGCAAUACGGAUUUGGUCUACACCGUCAUUCUUCAUCUCAGAGAAAACAUGACUCUCGGAGAUUUUCAAAUGUCUAUAAUGCAUUGUCCUCUAGCAAUGGCGUUAUACAUCAAGUAUUGCCAGAGCCACAACAGAGAGACGUUGCGCGACAUUUAUAAUCAGUACGACGAUUUUCAUUCGCAAGCGGUGUGGUUCAUUACCGAGAGCUAUCAGAAAAAGAACACAAUGUCGAGGGAGGCGUUGCUGCAGUCCGCUCAAGAAAAUUUCAAACUAGCUCGUAACGACACCAACGUGUCGCUGACGGAGGAACAAAUAAAGCUGUUGAGAUAUCAGAGAUCGUUAGAGGACACGCUGCACGAGCCAGUUGUGGGAUUGCCUCUGCACAACACCGUGAGGAUGCUGUUAAUGCGCAACGAGUUGAAACUGGCGGACAAAUUGCGAUCGGAAUACAAAAUACCAGAGCGGAGAUAUUGGUGGUUGAGAAUACAGUGUCUGGCGGAACAAGGUUUGUGGCACGAUUUGGAAAAAUUUUCCAAAAGCAAAAAAUCUCCCAUAGGCUACGAGCCGUUUGUAGACGAGUGUCUAAAAUACAACGAAAAGAUAGAAGCGCGAAACUAUCUGAGCAAAGUUAGAGAGGAGAUGAAAGUGAAGUAUUUGGUCAAAUUGAACAUGCUGGAUGAAGCGGCUGUAACGGCGUUCCAGCAGAAGGACGUGUCGGGUCUUAAGUUCGUGCUGGCGCAGUGCGAACCGUCGGACAAACAAUCAAUAGACAAAAUCAACAAGUAUCUAUUUAGUUUGAAAAAUUUGCCCUCAUGAGCGUGAAAGAUGCAAACGGCAUUAAAAAAAAAAAAAAAAAAAAAAAAAAAAAAAAAAAAAAAAAAAAAAAAAAA